AACAGCCUGACACUGAGGGGAGGCAGCAAGACUAUAAGAAGUCUGGGUUGGGCAGAAGGCAGAAAACCAGCAGAGUCACAGAGGAGAUGGCCAGCUGCCUUAAAGCCAUCUGGAACCAGGGAUUCCAGCAAAUAGUCUUUGGAGCUGCCCAACUCUUUUUCUUCAGUGCCCUGAUCUCUGAACUAACAAAUCAGAAAGAAGUGGCAGCGUGGACCUAUCAUUACAGCACAAACGCAUACUCAUGGAAUUUUUCCAGGUCAUUCUGCCAGAAGUACUUCACGGAUUUAGUGGCCAUCCAGAAUAAAAAUGAAAUUGCUUACCUCAAUGAUGUCAUACCCUACUACAGCUCUUACUACUGGAUUGGGAUCCGAAAGAUCAAUAAUAAUUGGACCUGGGUGGGAACCAAAAAGACUCUCACCAAGGAGGCCGAGAACUGGGCUGACGAUGAGCCCAACAACAAGAAAAACAACCAGGACUGCGUGGAGAUCUACAUCAAGAGUGAGUCGGCCCCCGGCAAGUGGAAUGAUGAGCCCUGCAGGAAAAAAAAGCGGGCCCUCUGCUAUACAGCCUCCUGCCAGGACAUGUCCUGCAGCAAGCAAGGGGAGUGCAUCGAGACCAUCGGGAACUAUACCUGCUCCUGCUACCCUGGAUUCUACGGGCCAGAGUGUGAAUAUGUCAGAGAGUGUGGAGAAUUUGACUUCCCUCCACACGUGCUUGUGAACUGCAGCCACCCACUGGGAAGCUUCUCUUUCAACUCCCAAUGCAGUUUCCACUGCCCAGAAGGGUACCAACUGAGUGGGCCCAGCAAGCUGGACUGUUUGGCUUCUGGAGUCUGGACAGAUGAGCCCCCGCAGUGUAUAGCUAUGCAGUGCCAGCCCCUGGAAGCCCCCAGCAAUGGAACCAUGGACUGUGUUUCUCCACUCGCUGCCUUUGCUUAUGGCUCCAGCUGUAAAUUUGAGUGCCAGCCUGGCUAUCGCCUGAGGGGUUUGGACACACUCCGCUGCACCGGCUCUGGCCAGUGGACCGCACCCUUGCCAGCCUGUGAGGCCACUUCGUGUGAGCCACUGGAGAAGCCCAUCCACGGAAGCAUGGCGUGCUCCCCGUCCCCAGGAGCAUUCCAGCACAACACCAGCUGUAGCUUCCACUGUGCUGAGGGUUUCGUGCUGGGAGGAGCUGAUGUAGUUCAGUGCACUGACAUGGGACAGUGGACAGCACCAGCCCCCGUCUGUCAAGCUUUGCAGUGCCAGGAUCUUCCAGCUCCAAACAAGGCCCAGGUGAACUGCUCCCACCCCUUCGGUGCCUUUAGGUACCAGUCGGUCUGCAGCUUCACCUGUGAGGAAGGCUUGUUCCUGGUGGGUGCAAGUGUGCUACAGUGCUUGGCUACUGGAAUCUGGAGUGCGGCUCCUCCCGAAUGCCAAGCCAUUAGCUGCCCACCUUUGCUGAGUCCUCAGAAUGGGACAGUGACCUGCGUCCAGCCUCUUGGAGAUUUCAGUUAUAAAUCCACAUGCCAGUUCAUCUGUGAUGAGGGAUUUUAUUUAUCCGGGCCAGAAAGAUUGGAUUGUACUCCAUCUGGACACUGGACAGGCUCCCCACCAACGUGUGAAGCCAUCAAGUGCCCAGAACUCUUUGCCCCACAGCAGGGCAGCUUGGAUUGUUCUGACGCUCUUGGAAAAUUCAAUGUUGGCUCCACCUGCCACUUCUCUUGUAACAAGGGCUUUAAGCUGGAGGGGUACAACAAUGUGGAAUGCACAACUUCUGGAAGAUGGUCAGCACCUCCACCAACCUGCAACGGUGUAGCAUCAGUUCCUACCCUGGAGGUUCAAUGCCCAGCCCUCAUCACUCCUGGGCAGGGAACCAUGUCCUGUAGGCAUCAUCUGGGAACCUUUGGUUUGGAUACCACUUGUCAUUUUGGAUGCAAAGCUGGCUUCGCGCUCGUGGGAGACAGCACUCUCAGAUGCAGACCUUCAGGACAAUGGACAGCAGUAACUCCAGCAUGCAGAGCUGUCAAAUGUUCAGAACUGCAUGUUAAUAAGCCAGUAAUGAUGAACUGCUCCAACCUCUGGGGUGAUUUCAGCUAUGGAUCAACCUGCACCUUCCAUUGUCCAGAGGGUCAGUCACUUAACGGCUCAGCGAGAACAGCAUGCCGAGAGAAUGGCCACUGGUCAACCACCAUGCCAACCUGCCAAGCAGGGCCAUUGACUAUCCAGGAAGCCCUGACUUACUUCGGUGGCGCAGUGGCUUCUGCAACAGGUCUGGUAAUGGGUGGGACACUCCUGGCUCUGCUAAGAAAGCGUUUCAGACAAAAAGAAGAUGGGAAAUGCCCCUUGAACCCUCAAAGCCACCUGGGAACAUACGGAGUUUUUACAAACACUGCAUUUGACCCAAGUCCUUAGGAGACCUCUCCUUCUCCUGGUCACCUCAUUCAACAACCUCCACAGAACCUUGUUUGUGAACAUCAACCUUCCUGCUAGACUUGACUUAUCUGUAGUGCGUUUGCUACAGUUUUCAAUAAAUACUUGUGAAUAAAGGACAUGGAAUUUCCUUAGAUUAGCUCUGGACCAGAGCAAAAGGAUUGUCCCACAGUCCCAAACUCUCCACCCACCACCCCUUCCUGCUCCACCUCUCCUCUUCCUCCAACGCAAGCCACAGGAGCCAGGAGCAGAUGUUUCUACAGUGGUCUGUGGGUUUUGACGAGGCUGUCACUUGAAAUACCAGUUCCCAAGAGACUGGAGCAUCUGACUCACAAGAAGACCAGACCAUGGAGAAAUAAAAAUACCUCUUUAUUUUUGUGUUGAAAGAAGGCUUUCUCUACUUUGUUGGAAGACAGGUGACAUCUCUAACUUGAGGGAAUUUCUGUAGAAUCUUCUACGGUUUCCAGUGCUUGCUGUUUUUGAGGCUUCCAGAGAGGCCUCUGAAUGGCACCAGAGGCUUCAGAAGAACAAGAAUCAAGACAGGAGGCCACAUGUCACUGUAGACCUUCCUGUCACCUGUCACUCCCCCUCAAAGGACACAAAGACCAAUAUUCAAAUGUGUAAUUAAAAGGAUU